UCUAAUUUAUGCACACCUGUUCAUUCGUGUUACAAAAUCGCGAUAAUUAAAGUCUUUGGUAAGAAUAUGGAUGCCAUCGUCGUCGACACUGUGAACACAGCAAUGCAGUGCAUAGAAUAUUUAAAAAGGCAACGAAUAGGGGUUGAAACAUUUUUACCUCUUAACUCGUUGAAAACAACAGUUUUGAAAGAGAGAUUACGUGAUAUAGGAGAGCCGAACGUCAAAUUGUUGUAUGAUGUUUUGAAUAUUCCAUCCACGCAAGUACGUGAUGCGGUUUUGUUCGUUAUUAAAAACACUCUGGUAUGCGAGACUCCUGAAGAUGCAAGAAGAGUCGCAUACGAAAUUGAUGGGAAAACUUACGAUUGCGUCUCGUUGGAUGGAUGUUUUUAUCGUAGAGAUGGUACAAUGUCAGGGGGACAAGCUGAUUUGAAACACAAAGCUAAACAAUGGAAAGAACAAGAUAUAAUCACGUUAGAGGAGCGGAGGGAGCAAUUAAAAGAAGAGCUCAAAGAUUUGUCCAAUGUUUCUUUGCUGCAGUCUGAACUUAAUAUAGUCAAUGUACAGUUCAAAGGACUCGAUUUAAAAAAUAAAUUUAUUGAAAAGGAUUUGAAGGAUACUGACGAUAAAAUCAUUAAGAUACACGAACAAUCGACCAAAUACGAUGUGGAGUUAUCUUUAUUAAAUGAGACAAUAUCAAGUAUUGAACAUAAUAUGCGAGCAAGAGAUAAAGAAAUUGAAAACGUGAAAAGACAUAUCUCUGUGGUCGAAAAUUCAAUCUUCGCUGACUUUUGUAAAGAUAUCAACGUGCCGGAUAUCAGCUAUUAUGGGAACCAUCUGUGGUCAUACCAACAGCAGAAAAAUAAGCAAAUAGAGCUUACGAAACAACACGAUCUUAUCCGGAAUCAAUUACGUUUUGAAAAAGACCGCAAUGUGGAAGAUACAAUUUUGAAUUGGACACGUAUAAUGGAACAAGCUGAUGCAAAAUUGAGCGAAACGCAUCGGCAGGAGAAUUCUAAAAAGAGUGCUAUUGAACAAGAGGAAGAAGAGUUAUCGAGAUUGCAGAAGGAUUACACUAACAUAAAGCAGAAUUUAGUGGAUUUGGAAAAUAGGAUAGCCCAAUGCAAGUUGAAUAUCGAUGUUAUUUCCAAGUCGUACCUACAAGCUGAGAGAGCGCGCAUCCUUGUACAAAAGGAAAUAGAACAACAAAAGGGAAAAUUUGAUACCAUACUUAAAGAAUGCAAGAUGGAAAGCAUUACUAUUCCGAUAUUGUCGGAAAGACCGACUUAUAGUCGGGAUCCAAUCGAGAGUAGUAGUUCGAGUUCAAUUACGGAUUCGUCGAUUGAUUGGGACAUGUCUUCGAAAAUCGAUUUUUCACAGUUUCCCAGAAGUUUACGGGAUGAUACAGAAAAGAAUUUGCGGAACACCGCGAAGCAACUUAACGAAACACUUACGAAGAUACAAAAUGAACUUGAAGCUAUAGUAAAUCCUGAUCUUAAAGCUGAAGAAAAGGUGGAUUCUAUUGUGCAACAAAUACAAGAGAUAAAUGAGAAACUGAAGAAAUUGCGCGAAGAAGCUGAUACGACGAAGAAGCAUUUCGAUAAGGUGAAAAUGAAGAGAUAUGAUCUCUUUUCGGGAUGUCUGGAACACAUAAAUACGGAAAUAGAUGCAAUAUACAAAAGUUUGUUUAAUAACCAUACAACGGCUAGUGUUUUUAUCUUAUCGGAUAAUCCCGAAGAGCCGUAUGAGGGCGGUAUAAAUUACAGUUGCAUCGUGCCGUCUAAGCGUUUUCAACCGUUGCAGAAUUUAUCCGGCGGUGAAAAAACACUCGCUAGCUUGGCGCUGUUAUUUGCAUUUCAGCGUUAUAAACCAGCUCCGUUCUUCAUUAUGGACGAAGGCGAUGCGGCAUUAGAUAGCGUAAAUAUCAAAAAUAUCGUUCAUUUCAUACAAUCUGAAGCGAAAGUUAUGCAAUUUAUAAUAGUAAGCAUGCAGGAAUCAUUGUACUUUUGUUCCGACGCUCUCCUAGGAGUCACCACCGAACCUGAUACAGAAUGUACCCAGAGCAAAGUAGUUGCCAUUUCAUUGAAGAAUUAUAAAUAUAAAUAAAUAAUCUGAUGAAAAGAUAAAUUUGAUGAAAAGAAGGAUUAGAUUUGAAUACCAAUCAGUAGAAUCGUCAAUGGCAAUAUUAUUUAUAAUUUAUUUAUUUAUCGUCAAUAAAAAUGAAUUGUUUGGAGAUACAUAUAAACCACGUCUUCUCAAAUUAUCGUAUGAAUUGUUAAAUAUUAAUUGGUAAGGUGUUUUAAAAAACAGAUUUCCGUCUUUGAGAUGCAAUAUGAUAUUCGUAAGAAUCAGAUUCGAUUCUCCAUACCUACUUUUAAUUUCUAUCAUAUCUGUGCUCACUUAUUGGCGUUAUUUUGUUAAAUGUAA